AUGGCAACUUCAACUUCACCAUAUGAGUGGAGACCAGUGGAGUAUAUGAAACAAGGCUCCAAGGCCAAGUUCGCACUACUGAUACUCAAUCAGCCCAUUACUGAUAUUCCGGUAUUUGAACGUUUAUGGGAAAACGCUGCUGUAAAGAUAUGCGCCGAUGGCGGGGCUAAUCGUCUCCACGAUCUUUUACUUGACCGCGGGUUAUCAUUUACCCCCAACAUAAUCCAUGGCGACUUGGACUCCCUCCGCUCCGAAGUCGAGCAAUACUACCAAGACAAACCUCAGCCUCCUAUCCCAUCCUUCGCUAGCUCUUCCCCAUCUACAUCGACUGUUCCAACUGUCGAAAUAAGCAAAGACCCAGACCAGUACUCAUCGGACUUUACAAAAUGUCUGAAGCGCUUGGCCCGUUUUCCCGAGCCCAUGGAUGUCAUUGCUCUCGGCGGCCUUGGUGGCCGCGUCGACCAGGGGUUCUCACAGGUGCACCAUUUAUAUAUGGCUAGUUUAAACAAUCUGCCUGGCGAUGGCGCCGAGGUUGAAGGGGCGAGUCUCAGCAACCCUCGAAAAGAGAAUCAGCCAAUCACAGGCCGCGACAAACGAUACUACCACGACGCCAAAUCACUCAUGCGUGGGCGUGAUCUCUAUCUGUAUUCCGAGCAGAGUAUCUCGUUCGUGCUGCAUCCAGGGCAAAACAAAAUCUAUACGCCUAUGAGCGAGGGCUAUCUGACCGAGAACGUGGGCAUUAUUCCAGUCGGGAAGCCUGCAAAGAUCACAAUUGAAGGGUUUGAGUGGGACGUGCAGGACUGGCCGACAGAAUUUGGCGGGCAGGUUAGCACGAGUAAUCAUAUACGAAGCGACGUGUUGAUGGUGGAGACGAAUGAGAGGGUUCUUUUUACGCUGGAAAGGACCGAAGGCUGGUCGUGA